GGCGUUUUCGUUGUCGAGUCGGCGACGUCGUUGGCGGCAGAGAUGGGACCGAAGAAGGGGAAGAAGAAGGAGAAGAAGGGAAAGAAGGGCAAGGAUGGCGACAGCAAGGAGGACGACAUGUCGAGGGAGUUGGAGGCCGAGCGGCAGGAAUUGGUCAAAGAAGCCAAGCGGCUCGCGGAGAAGUCGAAGAAGGAGGAGGAGGCGUUCAACGAGUUCCAGCAGCAGCGAGAAAAGAUCAACUACUUUUGGAUCGUCGAGAAGAAGAACUUGGAGGACAAGAAGGCCGAGCUGCGAAACAAGGAGCGCGAGCGGCAGGACUUGGAAGAAAAGCACCAGGUCGAGAUCAAAGUGUACAAGCAGCGUGUCAAGCACUUGCUGUACGAGCACCAGAACGAGAUCUCGGCGCUAAAAAUCGAAUCGGAAACGUCGCUCAAGAUCGGCCAAGACGACCAUCGUACCAUCGAGCGCGAGCUCAAAACCGACAAACGAUCGCUCAAGUUGGACUUGAAGGAAAUGGAGCUGUCGCACGAAGAUUACUUGAAGACGCUGAAGCAGGAACAAGACAAGCGGAUCACAAUCCUGCGGCAGGAGUUCGAGCGCCACGCCAAAGAACUCCAGCAAAAGUUUGAACGAAAGCGCAAGACGUUUCGAGACGACCUGGAGAGCCAACGCCGCGUCGACACGCUGCGCAUCGAGGAGCGCAAGAACAGCCACAUUGCGCAGCUCAUGGCCGGACACGAGAAAGCGUUUGGCGAGAUCAAAAACUACUACAACGACAUCACGCACAACAACUUGGACUUGAUCAAGUCGCUGAAAGAAGAAGUCGCUGAGAUGAAGAAGAAGGAAGCGCAGGACGAAAAGCUCAUGUUUGAAAUCUCUCAAGAGAACAAGCGCAUGUCCGAGCCAUUGAAGAAAGCGCUGCAGGACGUCGAGCGGCUCCGGAAAAGCAUCAAGAGCUACGACGAAGACAAGGUUGCCCUGAAAGCCGCCAAGGCGGAACUCCUCGUGCUCGAAGACCAGCUCGGAUCGCUGUCGUGGGAGCACGAAGUACUCACGCAGCGGUUUGCGCAAGUCCAGAACGAGUACAACACGCUGCACAGCCAGUUCCAGACGAGCAUCUACGAUGUGCAGCAAAAGAACGGGCUCAAGAACCUCCUGCUCGAGAAGAAGCUCGAGAGCAUGGGCGACGUGUUGGAGCAGAAGGACGCCCAGUUGAACGAAGUGCUCGCUCAUGCGCAGUUGGACCCAUCCAUCGCGGCCCAGGUUCGCCGCCGCCUCGAAGACAUCAUGGAAGCCAAGAACCAAGAAGUUCGCGACCUCGAGAAGGAACUCGCGAUCGUACUGAAGCUGCUCGCCGAUUACACCAAGGCAGCCGAGGCCAAGCUGACAGAGUACGGCACACCCGUCGAUGAACUCGGGUUCUCGCCAAACUUGAACCCGACUCACCUCCCCAAGAUAAAAACGUCGGGGCAAUCACAUUCGAACGCGCCGACGUCCGCCAUCCCGGCAAGCGGCCAUGGAGGGUCUCCAUUCACGCUGUCGCCGUUGAAAUAACGUUAAGUUGUAAGUGGUCUCCGUGGUGCUGUACGCCAAGGAGGAUCGCAGCCACGGAAGCGUCCUUGGACGAGGAUGGAUGACGCACUCGCAAAGAUCAAAAUUCGGCAUGUUAAUAGGAUUCCUACACAACCUUGUACGCGCUGCGGUUGGCCGCGCCGUCUUUCAGCUUCAACUUGGGGUGCACAAGCAUGUAAAUAUCGUCGAUCCGCGCGUCCAGCUGCGCGAUGCGCUCUCGUGUCGUCGCUUCCAACGCAUCCAUACGACCGCUGAGCAUGUGGAUUGCGUCGAGGAGGACGCCGGGGUUGAGUGGAAUGCCGGAAAACUUUGCGGCGAGGUCCUUCGGGUUAUGUCCAUACGCGGCACCCAGGUUGUCGCUCUCCAUCGAAAUUCCCAUUUCACCGAGCGUGUUCAAGUUCGUGUGGACGUUCCCCAUCAUGUUGAGGUUCAGUUCUUCGUUCGACUCGAGAGGCAUACCCAUGUUGAUCGCGCCUUCCUCAACGUCAUAUGUGGGCAUGGGGCCAGCCAUUUCCUUGAUGCCGUACCGCUUCUUGAAGCUCUUCAUCCAUGCAGGGGUCACUCCUGGCCACGAGCUGCUGUCUUCAUGCUUCAGGGACGCUUGCGUGUUGCCGGUCACUUGCGCAAUGAGCUCCGCAGCCUUUUGAUGCAACGCUUCGUGGGUAACAGGUUUCUGGUGGACCUUCUCAGUGACCAUCCAACGGUACAAUUCACGUUCAACAGCAGGGUACGCUUCAUCGUCGGCGACCUUGAGGGUCUUUCGGCGCAAAGAAGCCAAGUGUUUCGCAUCUCCGCAAAAGCGCAUGAUUCGUUCCUUGUUCUUCUUGAUAUCCGAGAUCUGUUGGCGGGAAAUACCGAGGAGCGCGGCAAUGUCGACGGGUUUUUCGCCGUUGUCAAGGCGAUGGAGAACUUGCUGCUUCUGGUACAGCGACACGACGACGCGUUUGCGUUUGUUGGUCGAAGCCGGGCUCGCGACGACCGGCGUCACCGCGGCCGUCCCCGCCGGCGACGGUUUAAUCGCAGAUGAGGCCUUGCCGCGCCCACCCCGUUGCUUGCCAGGGUUCAUGCCCGACCCGCCCAUACCGUCGGCGCCGCCGUCUUCAUCGCCGUCGUCCUUGAACCCUCCAUCGAGCGCGUUGAGCCCGUCCGGAUAUGUCACUUCAUCAUCCGGUGCCAGCCCUUCCACCGCAUCGUUCAGGUCGUUCAUCUCUGUUAUCCGGUUG